AUGAAUAAUGGAGAAGUAUAACAAAAAAUAACUCUUGCAACAAUAACUGAAUUUACAAAUAAACCUGCUCCAAAUAUACUUCCUAUUGCUAAGGAUAUACCUUCUGAAUCUCCACUUCCGCCAGCUAUAAUUGCUGUUAGUACAUCAGGUGCUCCAUUUCCUAAAGCUAAUAAGGUUACUCCAGCUAAUGUUUAAGAACAUUUUAGAAAUUCUGAAAUUCUUGUAAGAGAUGGGGACAAAUAUUUUUCUGCAGUUGAUUAUAAAAGGUGA